AUGUCGGAGCGGCAGAGGCGGGGUGCGGGCGGCCGGAGCGCGGAGGGAUACGACGCACGGGGAGGAGGGGCUGCGGCGGGGCAGCGGCUAUUCGCGGCGGCGGCGGCGGGGAGGCUGGAAGUUACCGAGUUUCAGUGUCGCAGAAAUGGGAAGCGAGCGAAGCCAAAAUGCCCCCGGGGAGCGCGGUCCCGCUGGGGAGGCGGGCUGACGAAGCCCGGCCCUCCCCCUUUCCCUCCCUCCCUCGGCCGCUCGCCGCGGCUCCCCCAUCCCCCGUGGGCAGGCCCCUCCCGGGCGCGGGGCUCCGGCGGCCCCGGACUCCCUCAGACCCCGUCGGGGGCCUCGGGGCGCCGCGGCUCUGGCUCUGCGCCCAAGCACAUCAGACAAGCGGGACUGACGAAUCUUCCGGCUUCUGAGCGCGAUGGCAAGAGGAGGAGUGUUGUCAACGCGAGGACAAGCGAGGGAUGGCGAUGCCUGCAACCUAUGGCUGAACCGCAGCUAGAAGAGUAAAGCAAAAUCAAGUCACUUAUGAAGACAUCAUUCAUUUUUGUCUAAAAAGAAACAGUGAAUCUACUGUCGAGCUUCUGAAAGUAGAUCUAUAUGUCAUUUAUAUUUUGAGCAGUAAAUGGGUUUGAAUUUCAUCCAGUGACCCUAAAAACCUCUUUAGGGUUGUUACCUAAAUAAAUAUGAAUUACACCAACCAUGACAUUCUUCCAGUUUCACUAUUCUAUCUUUUGAGUACAAAAAACUUCCCUUAUGAAGAGAAACUAGGAAUUAGGCCUACGUAAUUCCUACUGAAUAAAUGAAUUCUCCUGUUUUAUGGUGGGGGUUUGUUUGGGUUUGGCUUUGUUUUGUUUUAAAGCAAUUUAAUUUGUGCUCCUGUAUUUUAUAAAAGACCUUCCAUUUUUACUGGAUCAGUUUGACAGUACAACUUUCUAUGCUGAAUACAUUCCCUAAUUAUCCAGAGAAUUUUGAGAAAAUGAUUAAACUGCUGUACUUAAUUGUUUGCUAUUGGGCUUUUCUUCACGGAGAAUCUUGGAUAAUUGCCAUGUUCAGUUUCACGUCCAUUUGAUGUCUCCAAAGUUUUCUGAGAAUUGUAAGGAUUACAGGGAGAGGGGGUGGGGGUGGUUAAGUGGAGCUUUCAAUAAAAUGAAUGCACAGGGUGUAUUUUAGAGGAGAGCUGCUCCAUAAUGAAAGUAGGAGUAGGAAAAAAAAAGUUUACUGCAUUGCUUUGUAUAUUGACAAUUAUUUUCUUAGAUUAUUGCUUUGAGAAAACUUUUGAAAAUGUUUGCUGCUACUAUACUUACUAGAAAGGUAUUCAAUAUGCUAAGGCAAUUUUUGUUGAGCAGGACUCUUAAAAUAAGGUGUAGCAUUGAUUUGUUUCACUGGUUUCAUAUUAGUGUUCUAAGUCUAAAGUAAUGGAUUUUAUUUGUGUUGAUAAAUUAUUAAGUUUAUUAAGACAUGAUUUAAGUGUCCUUCAGUGACUAUUUAUCUUUCUGUUUCUCUAAAUGAGAAUCUAGAUUUCUGUUUAACCGAGUUUGAGGGCCAUUUGUGAUUAGGGUUUUGGAUUUGAUUUUUUUUUAAUUACAAUAGUAGCCUGUUAGAAAUGCAACAUUUUAAAAUACAGAUGAGGGGUUCUUUGACUCUUCAGAAUGCAGCUGGUUAUCAGCAGCUUUGGUAUAGACUUGGAACUCCCCUGAAGUUAAUACAGUGGACUAUUAAAGAUUUACAUCUGUGUAAUAACUUGAGAUUCUGUCACAUUGUUAUCCUUAUGGGCUCCUAAACCAAUAUAAGAAUAAAAAAGCUCUAUUUGAUAGCUGGUAGUAAAUCUUUUUUAGAAAAACAAAACCCCAAACAUUCUAUUUAUUACAUAUUCAACAUUGAGAAUAUGGUAAUUUUUUUCUAGAACUCUUAAUAUGAAGCCAGUGAAACAAAACAAUGACACAUCUUUUGUUGGAAUACUGCACUGACUCUUUCAUCUUACCUCCAAAGAUUUAGAGUUCAGAGAUAUAUGAGGAAAAUAGUUAGGGUGAAGAAAAAAUACUCUAGGAAAAGGAUUAAAGACCAAGGUAAGGGAAUAAAAUAUUUGGAGGAGGCAAUACUUAAGUAUGGCAUACAAAAUUUCUCUGUUUCAGAGAAGAUAAAGCAGGAUCUUCUUUAAAUUCUAGGACAUAGUUCAAGAACUGAAAUAGUUGAAAGAUUUCAAAUUAAAAAUUAUGGUUUUCCCCAUCAGGAAAUAUAGCCAUCCUUCACUUUUGCCUCAGAAAUUGCUAAAGCAAGGAUUUUAGCAGUCUUCAGAAGAGCUGAACACUUCUAUAGGUAACAUCAUCCAGUGACAGUAUACAUAUGUAAUUAGAAAGAUCAUCGGUGUGAUCCAACACAGCUGCGCUAUGUUGCUAGCUUUAAGACAAUCCUUAGUUUUUCCUGAGUGUUUCCUUCUAGUGUUGUUUGAUUUCAUUUAGAGCUGCAAAGUAUUUUUAUUUCUACAUAGCUGAAAUACCUGCUUUCCCAAAAAUAGUAAUGAUGUAGUGCAAGAAGUACCAAUAUUUGCACUUAGAGUAAAGAUUUUAGUGCUGUUAGCAUUGAACCAUUUGGCUGACAGUGCCUACUUUGUGUAGCAUAUGCGAUUUGUCAAUCAUCCGUGAAACACACAUCACUGAGACUCUGAUCUCCAUUUAUUGUUCAGUCUUCUGAGAAAAUACUGGGCUGCUGAUUCCAAUUUCUCAAUAUUUUGUAUUCAUCUAUAGCAUCUACUUAGUGCCUUGAAAGGAUUAUUUUAUAUUUUUCAUUUGCCCAGAUAAACUGUAGAAGAGUUUUGGUGUGCCAGGUAGGCAUGGUGUACUAAUUGAGAUAUUAAUUGGGUAAGGUAAACUGCUAAUUGACUCAAUCUCUUGAUU